UGCUUCUGUCCCGGGUUGGCAGUGCCACAUCGUUGCUCGUCGCAUUCACUCCGCAUCGGCAUCGGCAACGGCAUCUCGCAACUCGCAACUCGCAUCUCGUCGCAACUCGUCAGCGGGGCUAAAAACACAACGCGCGACGACGACAACGACAGCAGCGAACAGCGGCUAAAAACGUAGACCAGACUUUCGACUCUGACUCUGACUUGGACCGUGACUUAGAACCUAGCAGCGGACUUGAAAGACAGCUCGUGGCCAGCUUCUGGUCAAGUGACCAACUGACCCCAAAAACAAAAAAAAAACCAAAAAGAAAACGCUUUCGACCGCGGACCGCGAACAGCGAACAGCGAACUUGCGAUGACAGCGUGCCGUGCAGUGUAGCUUUAAGAGCACAAAAGCAUAAAUAAGUGAAACCCAUUUCAAUAAUUCAGCAGCGACUACGACGAGGGAGUGAAAUACAAUACACACUAGAGUACUAAAUACUAGAGCAACUGCUGCAGAAGAAGAAGAAGCAGAAGAAGAAGAAAUCGAGCAGGAAAUGAAACUGCUUUUGAACCCAAUCCAUCCACCAACAGAAAUCUAAGGAAUAAAUAUAAAGCUAAAGAGAAAUAUUUAAAUACAAAUAGUUAAACGCAUAAAUCGCACAACAAACUGAGCAGAGAAGAGACAACAACAACAACAACACCAGUAACAGCAACCAGAAGAAGAAGAAGAACAAGAACAACAACAAGAUAAUCAGGUACUUAAAUGAAUAAUGAAUCAAGUGAAUGCGAAAUGAAUGCCAGAGCUGCGAUGAGACAGAGAGCAGUCGAGUUGCCGCGCAGCAAUUGAAUUCGCCAAGAGAACGUGUGAGAGCAACAUCAGCAGCACCAGCAACAACAGCAACAGCAACAGCAAUCCAAUUGGCAACACAGCAACGACAGCGAAAAUAAUUAAAUUAUAUUCAAUUUAAUUAAAUCAAAUAUAAUUAUUGUGUGGCAGCGAGAGAAAAAGGACAGCGAAACACACACACACACACAGGCGUGUAUAGGUAAUGGUCGAAUUAAUGGCCCAUGCUGUGCAACAGCAACAUCCACAGCAACAUGAAAGCAACAGCAAAAACAACAAGAACAACAACAAGAACAACGCACAAACACCGCAAAGCAUUUGGACAAAGCGAAAGCUGACGAGGGGAAGCAGCAAAACAAAGAAAGUGAAACUGAAAUGUGGCACACAACACGCGACAGCAGAAGCAACAUCAGCGACAACAUCAGCAACUGUUGCUGCCAAACCGAGUGACAGAAGCAAAAAGCAUUUGAUAUUCUUCAAUUCCAUGUCAACGAGCACAACAGCAACAGCAACUGCGACAACAACUGCGACAACUUGCACUGUUGUCGAUGACAGUUGCGCUGUAGAUAUUGCAGCCACCAACAACAGCAACAACAACAACAGCAACAACAACAGCAACAUCGACAGCAACUGCAACACUGCCAACAGCAACAAGAAUCACAAUAGCAAUAUAAGAACAGCAACAACAACCAGAAGAAUAGCAGCGGCAACAUGUACAGCAACAUCAACAGCAAUCAACGACAACAAAAGGAAAUCAUCAUCAUCAUCGUCGUCGUCGUCGCUGCUGCUGUUGCCAAUGAUGUGGCUGCUGCUGCUGCUGUCCAUCGCUGACUCGGGCGCCGCAUUGCGUCUAACCAACGGCGGCAACAGCCUCAGCAAAGGCGUCGGCGCCAACAAGGAGCAACUCAACAUCGGCCUCAUCGCACCACACACGAACUUUGGCAAGCGCGAAUAUCUGCGGAGCAUCAACAAUGCCGUCGCCGCCUUGUCCAAGGCACGCGGCAACAAGCUCACCUUCCUCAAGGACUACUCCUUCGAGCAGAAGAACAUCCACUUCGACAUGAUGUCGCUGACACCCAGUCCGACCGCCAUUCUGAGCACGCUCUGCAAGGAGUUCCUGCGCGUCAACGUCUCCGCCAUCCUCUACAUGAUGAACAACGAGCAGUUCGGCCACAGCACAGCCUCAGCCCAGUACUUUCUUCAGCUAGCCGGUUACCUGGGCAUCCCGGUGAUCUCGUGGAAUGCUGACAACUCGGGUCUGGAGCGUCGGGCAUCGCAAUCGACGCUGCAACUGCAGCUGGCGCCGAGCAUUGAGCAUCAGAGUGCCGCGAUGCUGAGCAUCCUGGAGCGCUACAAGUGGCAUCAGUUCUCGGUGGUCACCUCACAGAUCGCCGGCCACGAUGACUUCGUGCAGGCGGUGCGAGAGCGUGUGGCCGAGAUGCAGGAGCACUUCAAGUUCACCAUACUCAACUCGAUUGUCGUCACGCGGACCAGCGACCUCAUGGAGCUGGUGAACAGCGAGGCGCGCGUCAUGCUGCUCUAUGCCACCCAAACGGAAGCCAUCACAAUUCUGCGUGCCGCCGACGAGAUGAAGCUCACCGGUGAGAACUAUGUCUGGGUCGUCAGUCAGUCGGUCAUCGAGAAGAAGGACGCGCACUCGCAGUUCCCCGUCGGCAUGCUGGGCGUCCACUUCGACACAUCGAGCGCUGCCCUGAUGAACGAGAUCUCCAAUGCCAUCAAGAUCUACAGCUAUGGUGUGGAAGCUUACCUCACGGACCCCGCCAAUCGGGAUCGAAGGCUCACCACGCAGUCGUUGUCCUGCGAGGACGAAGGACGCGGUCGCUGGGACAAUGGCGAAAUCUUCUUCAAGUACUUGCGCAACGUGUCCAUAGAGGGGGACCUCAACAAGCCGAACAUUGAGUUCACUGCGGACGGUGACCUCAAGUCGGCGGAGCUCAAGAUCAUGAACCUGCGACCCAGCGCCAACAAUAAGAAUCUCGUCUGGGAGGAGAUUGGGGUCUGGAAGUCGUGGGAGACUCAGAGGCUGGACAUACGCGACAUCGCGUGGCCAGGUAACUCGCACGCUCCGCCGCAAGGUGUGCCCGAGAAAUUCCAUUUAAAGAUCACAUUCCUCGAGGAGGCACCCUAUAUCAAUCUGUCACCCGCCGAUCCAGUGAGUGGCAAAUGCCUGAUGGACCGCGGUGUGCUGUGUCGCGUUGCGGCCGAUCACGAAAUGGCCGCCGACAUCGAUGUCGGCCAGGCACACCGCAACGAGUCCUUCUAUCAAUGCUGCAGCGGAUUCUGCAUUGAUUUGCUCGAGAAAUUUGCCGAGGAGCUGGGCUUCACCUACGAGCUGGUUCGGGUUGAAGAUGGUAAAUGGGGUACACUUGAGAAUGGUAAAUGGAAUGGUUUAAUUGCCGACUUGGUUAACCGCAAGACGGACAUGGUACUCACGUCUCUCAUGAUCAACACCGAGCGCGAGGCGGUCGUCGAUUUCAGUGAGCCCUUCAUGGAGACGGGCAUUGCGAUUGUGGUGGCCAAACGGACUGGCAUCAUCUCGCCCACUGCGUUCUUAGAGCCCUUUGACACGGCCUCCUGGAUGCUGGUGGGUAUCGUCGCCAUACAAGCGGCCACCUUCAUGAUCUUCCUGUUCGAGUGGCUCUCGCCCAGCGGCUACGACAUGAAGCUCUAUCUGCAGAACACCAAUGUCACCCCCUAUCGCUUCUCCCUGUUCCGCACCUAUUGGCUCGUCUGGGCGGUGCUCUUUCAAGCCGCCGUCCACGUCGAUUCGCCACGCGGCUUCACCUCGCGCUUCAUGACCAAUGUCUGGGCUCUGUUCGCCGUCGUCUUCCUUGCCAUCUACACUGCCAACCUGGCGGCCUUCAUGAUAACCAGAGAGGAAUUCCACGAGUUCAGCGGCCUGAAUGACAGCCGCUUAGUCCAUCCGUAUUCGCACAAGCCAUCGUUCAAGUUCGGCACCAUUCCCUACAGCCACACGGACUCGACUAUUCACAAGUACUUUAAGGACAUGCACUACUACAUGAAGCAAUACAAUAAGACAAGUGUCGCUGACGGCGUCGCCGCUGUGCUGAAUGGCAACCUCGACUCCUUCAUCUACGACGGCACCGUGCUGGACUAUUUGGUGGCCCAGGACGAGGACUGUCGCCUCAUGACCGUCGGCAGCUGGUACGCGAUGACAGGCUAUGGACUCGCUUUUAGCCGCAACUCCAAGUACGUGCAGAUGUUCAACAAGCGUCUGCUCGAGUUUCGCGCCAAUGGGGACUUGGAGCGAUUGCGUCGCUAUUGGAUGACCGGCACUUGUCGGCCCGGGAAGCAGGAGCACAAGUCCUCGGAUCCGUUGGCCCUCGAGCAGUUCUUGUCCGCCUUUCUACUCCUGAUGGCUGGCAUUCUGCUCGCCGCGCUGCUGCUGCUGCUGGAGCACGUCUACUUCAAGUACAUACGCAAGCGAUUGGCCAAAAAGGAUGGCGGACAUUGCUGUGCUCUCAUCUCGCUCUCCAUGGGCAAAUCGCUGACGUUUCGCGGAGCCGUCUACGAGGCCACCGAGAUCCUGAAGAAGCAUCGCUGCAACGAUCCCAUCUGCGACACGCAUCUGUGGAAGGUGAAGCACGAGCUGGACAUGUCCCGACUGCGUGUGCGUCAGCUGGAGAAGGUCAUGGACAAGCACGGCAUCAAGGCGCCGCAGUUGAGGCUGGCCUCAUCGUCCGAUCUGCUGAACCAUCAUCAUCUCAAGGAACGUCCGCCGUUGCUGGGCAAUCUCAGUUUGGCAGCAAGCGCCCAAGAUCUAUACAGGUGGUCCUACAAAACGGAAAUCGCCGAGAUGGAGACAGUGCUCUGAAGCGAUUGGAGUGAAUCACAUAUGGUUGGCAUUGCCACUAAUCCUAAUCUUAAAUAUCUAAGUCUUACCAAUAGUUGAAGCCCCAAUCAACAGCAAAUUAACAACAACAACAACAACAAGUAUUAUGCAUUUUAAUCAGCAAGCAAAUGAGCAAUGUUUUUAUCGGUUGUUCUGUUAUCGAUAACUUGUCUGUUUUUUUUUUUGAUUAAGGCUACAAUUACAAAUUGACGAAGCAGAAAAACUAAACGGACUGCAAUUGCAAAUUUACACCAAUAAAAAAGAAAAUAUUAACAAAAACAAAAACAAAAAACAAACACAAACAUUAAGAAAAAUGUAAAAAAGAAAAACCAAAAAAAAAACGUCUCCAAACUCUUCGUAUAUAUACAAAAUAUAGGUGUAUAUUUAAUCAAAAUGAUGCCCACAAAAUGGCAGAUAAAGAAAUGUUUCAAAUAAAUGUAAACUGAAAGCUUUUUAAAAGUUAAAGAACAAUUUAAAAACUAAAACUAAACCUAAAAUAAAAACGAAAUCGAAAAAAAAAAAUAUUAAACCAAAGCCCAAAGCGCCUCACACAAAAACAAACACACACGCAGGCAGACACAGAGAAAGAGAAAGAGAUAGGGAUAGAAAGAGAGAGAAAAACUAGGAGUUCAGAUUUCAGGAUUUAAUGAAGCAAAACAACAUUUAUACAAGCUCGUAAUUAUGCAAAAUAGUCACAGAAAGUGAAAAUGGAGAUGGAGAUGGAAGAAACGCAAAAUAAAUAUUUAUGCAAUUAAGUUGAAAAUGUUAACAAAGCAAAUCAAUUGUGCAUUUAACGCGAUUGAGGUGCGCAACACGAAGCACAAUGAUAUAGUCAAAUUUAUUUUACUGUUGAAUUUACACCAACGCAAACACAGAGACACUCACAUGCACGCAAACACACAAAACAUGGAGGUGGAACGAUAAAUUUAUCGAUAUAUGAGAGAAUGAUCGAAAUGAAAUGAUCUGACAGUCACACUCACACGCACGCACGCACACACAAACCAUGGAGGUAAGACGAUAAAGUUAUCGAUAUACAAACACGAGAAGAAAUGAACGAAAAUGAUCUGAAAGUGGAACUGGAACUAGAGUUUCCCGCAAAAUGAACGAGAAAUGAAAAUGCGAAAUGCGAAAUGAUGAUGAUAAUUGAAACUAAAUGAAUAAUUGCUAAAGAUAUACACAUUAACAUAUUUAUAUUGUAUGUAUUUACUUAAUUAUUAUGAUUACGAUUACGAUUACGAUAUGAAUGUUAUUGCAUAUACACGUACAUAUACAUUUAUUGAUAUUUAUAUAUACAUAUACAUAUACAUACAAACAUAUAUACAUAUAUACGUUUUUCUCCUGAUUUUGAGGAACAAAGUGCUUAUGUGCCACUCAAACAACAACAACAACAACAAGCAACAAACAAACAAACAAGCCAACAAGCCAACAACAAAAGUGCAAUGAGAAUAUAAACUAGAAAUUCUUAAUCGAUUCAAUUCAAUUCACAAUUCAAUCCAAAGCUAUAACUACUCCAAUCUCAACAAUCUAAUGCUAAUGCUUUCCUCUUCAUUAUGAAUAUCAAGUAUACGCCCUCGAUUACGCAUUAAGUUCUCUUUUGUCCUCCGCAGCUCACAAUGACACAAAAGUAGUAAAAACCAAAAAAUAUACUCGUAUGCUGUUAUCUGUUAAUAAGUAGAAGUUGUAUUUCCAAUUAUUAUACUCGACUCUUGAAUAUAUACUUAUAUAAUUUAGCAUAUCACGUAUACGCCACCCAGUAAAUUGAGUUUAUCCGCAUUUCGAUUCUACCAUAUAUAAUAGUCGACUAGAAUAUACCCGUUAUAUCUGUAUAAUUUGGCAUUAGCUAUGAACACGCUUCUCACAACUCUCCCGCUCUCUGGGUUCAGGAUAGAACACAAAACAAAAGCAAAAGCAGAAGCUAAAAAAUGAAUAAAAUUAAACCCUUAGAAAGCUAAAUAAAAACUAACUAACUAAAACUGAAAUUUGCUUAAAUGAUAAAAACGAAAACCUAAAAAAAAACUAUUUUAAAUUAAACAAAAUCAAAGCUAAACAAGAAAAAAAAACAAAAAUUUAAAUUUAACUAAGCAAAAAAAGAAAAAAGAAAAAACGAAAAGAAUUUGAUAAUUAAAUGUUUGUGUUGGUAUUCGUUUGUGUGUCUUCUAAAUGUUUAGAGUGUCGAAUGGAAAAUAAACAUAAUAAUAUUUUAAACAAAUUGAACGAUUGGCUCACGUAAAGUAAGGCGAUACAUUUAUCGAUAUACAAAUAUGAGAAGAAGUGAUCGAAAAUGAUCUGACAGUCACACUCACAUGCACGCACACACAAACAUGGAGGUAGGACGAUACAUUUAUCGAUAUACAAUGAUCUGACAGUCACAUGUACGCACAAAAAAACAUGGAGGUAAGACGAUACAUUUAUCGAUAGACAAAUACGGGAAGAAGUGAACGAAAAUGAACACACACACACACACACACACUCACACAUACAUACACGAUGUCUGUCCAUGUAAAGGAUAAAGCAAAAGAAAAAAAAAGAAAGCUAAAGCUACUUAUUCAAGCAAUUUGCACACUGCGACUAUCCAUGUGUACUCUAAAUAUAUAUAUGUGUGUGUGUGUGUGCGACACACACAUACACACACACACACACUUGCAUACUAUAAUUGGAUUGUUGAUCUAUAUUUACUGAAUGUAAUCGCUUUAAGCUUGUUAUCUCAACAAAUCAAAACAAAAAACAAGCAAAACACAAAAAAAAAAUGAUGAAAGCAAACAAAUGUUAACAGAAAUAUAAAAACAAAAUGCAUUGAGUUUUAUUUGCAAAGAGUGAUUUUUUGUAGUAAAAAUAUUUUAUACACAAUUAAGUACAGAAUCGAAGUGAAGUUGAAAGUGGAAACAGAAAGAGAAGAAGAAAGAGAGAAAUAGCGGAGAAAAAGCAAAAGCAAAAGUAAAAACACAAAAAAAAGAAUAAUAGCGAAAUGUUAAUUAUUACGUAUAUAUUUUUUAAGACAAAUUGUUCACAUUGAAAGCGUAAAGCGGAAACGGAAACGAAAAUGAAAAAUCCGAAGCAGCAGAUCAGAGAAGAUAAGAGAAGAGAAGAAGGAGUACGAGAACGAGAACGAGAAAGAGUGGAAAUGAGUGGAAAAGAUUUACGGACAAAUUAAAACAAGUAAAACAAGUUAACAUUACAUUGUAUAAGUAGUUAGUAAUUUAACACUAAAAACCCCCUAAAAAGGAAAUUAAGCUAAGUCUCGUGGAAUACACAAAAUGUGUUUUAUGUACCAGUAUAUAUAUAUAUAACAUAUAUAUAUAACAUAUAUAUGUGUAUGUAUAGAACAUGUUGUUUUUUAUUAUUAUUAAUGUUAUUAAGUUACGGAACGAGUACGUAAAAGAGCCAAGAGCGAAAACACACACACAUACACAUACAUGAUACAUUGCACACACACACAUAGAUAUUAAAUUAAAUAAUGAGGGCAUUUUGUUGAAUGUUUACUAAAUAUACAAAUUAAAUCAAAGCAAAUAAAAUGAAACGAAUCGAAUCGAAA